UUAAAAUUUUGCCGCCUGCUUAGCUCAACCAUUAGUCCUAUAAUUCCAUUUGAACAAUUCUGUAAGUAAAAAGACAUUAAAUGUCUUUCCAACACAAUAUAUUAUACACAAAACCAAAAAAUAUUCAUAUAUGCAGCUAAUUGGAGUAGCUAAAGAAGGUUCUUGUGUUUUUUCUCAACUGGGGUUGAAAAAAGAAAGGAUUUUUAAGCUUACCCAGAUAAGUUUCUUGAUUUUUCUCUUUGAAUUAAAUUAUGGCUUUGUGUUCUUUUAAUCAAAGUUAUAAACUUUUUAGAUUAUGGUUUUUUCUUAGACCCUUUUCUGUAAUAUUAAUUGUAGUUGUAAUGGUAGGAGCUCUACUAAUGGUACAAACAAAAAUGAAAGAUUUAACACAUAAAAAUGGAAUUUUUGUUCAGUUUAAUGGCCAAGAGGAAGUAUUAGUAAAGAAUCUUGAACCAAAAAAGCUGCAAAAUUGGUCUAGUGAAGGGGAAAAUGUGUUAAUAAGUAAUAGUUCUAUACAUAAAAAUGGAAAUUUUGUUCAGAUUAAUGGCCAAGAGGAAGUAUUAGUGAAGAAUCUUGAACCAAAAAAGGUGCAAAAUUGGUCUAGUGAAGGUCAAAAUGUGUUAAUUAAUAAUAGUCCUUAUCAUAAUUGGGAGUUAUUUGCUGCUGAUUAUGAAGAAAUGAUGAAAACCCUUAUGAUAUUUGUGUAUCCUGAUGCUUUUAUGAGUAACAAAUCUUCACCUUUUUCAACCAUUUUUUUGCCCCUUACAAAUCCCUUUGAUCCUAAAUUGGGAAAUUACUUUAGUGAACACAUGUUCAAGAUUGCACUUUUGGGUAGUUCUUUAGUUACUCAGAAUCCAGAAAAGGCUCAUUUUUAUUAUAUGCCCUUUUCUAUUAACGUUAUGCGAAAUCAUCCUCGCGUGCAUUCUGCAGCCGCGAUUGAAGAUUUUGUUGCUGGUUAUACUGAUAGAAUUAGAUCGGAGUUUAGAUUUUGGAAUGCAUCUGGUGGUGCUGAUCAUUUUUAUGUGUACUGUCAUUCUAUUGGUCGAGACGCUGCUUCUAAGCACCAAGAAUUGCAUCACAAUGCAAUUCAGGUUACUUGCUCGUCGAACUACUUUCAAAGGCUUUACGUUGCCCAUAAAGACAUUGGGUUGCCCCAAGUUUGGCCUCGGAAAUACGAGGAAGUGUUGAACCCUCCAGAUGCGAGAUACAAGCUUGUCUUCUUUGCUGGUCGUGUCCAAAAUUCUCUUGCAAGACGAGAUUUAUUAGAGCUGUGGAAGAACGAUAGCUCCUUCGAUAUAUUCUCUGGGAGUUCAUCUUUCCCUUACAAGGAAGGAUUUCGGAGAAGUAGAUACUGUCUCCAUGUCAAAGGUUACGAGGUGAAUACAGCUAGAGUCAGUGAUGCUAUUCAGCAUGGCUGCGUCCCUGUACUGAUUUCGAACUACUAUGAUCUUCCAUUAGCGAACAUAUUAGAUUGGAGCAAGUUCUCAAUUAUCGUUAAUGAAAGAGAUAUUCCGCACCUGAAGAAGAUAUUGCUCUCCGUGCCUAAACAGAUGUACCUCAGCAUGUAUAAGAACUUAGGCAUUGUGAGAAAGCACUUUGCAUGGUAUAGUAGUCCUAAAAAUUAUGAUUCCUUUCAUAUGACAGUGUACCAACUUUGGCUCAGAAGGGGAUUACAUCGAGUCGCUUGGUAAGACCUACGUAUGCUGCCACUAUCUGAUUUCAUUUAAGCCGAUGGACUCUCAUCUUAUGAUUACGUUAAGUGAUUUUGCAAGAUGUCAUCUACGAUGAGCUUAAAUGGAGCGACAUGGUCAGUGAAGAUUUAUAUUUCAUAUAAGCUGACUCCAACUUGCUUGGAAUUGAAGGCGUACUUGUAGUAGUUGUUAUUGUUGUAUUUUGCAAGAUGCAACUGUAAAUAUAUGAUAUCAUAACGAUUAUCAUAGUAGCAGGGUCACAGGAUGUGCUUAUGGGAAUGGUGUUUGUAGUUUUGUUUUUCAAGUUCCAUGAUCAUAUAUUGCUAAAACUCUCUAGAAAUGUUGCCUCACCUGCUUUUUUGGAGGAUCUGACAUGCAUUCGGCAGCAUUUUUGAAGA